GUUUAAACAUUAAAGCCUUAGAGCUUUACCGGCGGUUAUCAAAGAGAGCCGGAAAUACCAAAUAACCGGGUUUGGUUUUGAAUAUGGUCGGUUAUUGAUACGGUUUAGCAGACCAUUCAUCUGCCGAUCGAUUUCCACAAGCGAUCUGGUUUUGUUCUCCGUAACUAGUACAGUAGAGUUUGAAGAUCCCAAAUUUGAAGGAAAAGAAGAUAUGGAAAAACCCAUAAAUCUUUUUAGGGUUUGCUCUCUUUUAAUGGCGUUUUUGUUUGCUUAUUCUGCAUCUGUCCAGCUUAAUGAUCCUGAUUGGUACUUUUGGUUUCCUCUGUACACACUCGCUUGCGUAGUGAAUCUGAUCAACUGCAAAAGAAUAUCAUCUAAAUCGAGAAGAAUCAGACAGAUGAUUGGAACAGCUCUUAGCUUGGGUCUGUUUUUGUUGGCUAAAGUUGUUGCAGAGGAUGUCAUAACAGAGAAAGUCGGAGUCUUGUCUUUGGAUCUCAGUCAAAGAGUAGUUAGAGAAAAGAUCGGAAGUGCUUUGGUCAUAGCUUCCAUGGUUCUGCAACUACGAGCUACUUCUUCCAAACCAAAAGAAAAGUACGUUGACUUUGGGAUGGUUGCAAUUGUGAUCUUUGGCUAUGGACUUCCCUUUUGGUUCUUCACAAUUAAGAAAGGAGAAAUAAAGAUUUGAUAUCUUUUUUAUGCGCUCUUGUUACAUUAUAAUACAAUCAAUGAUUAUGAAUACUGCUAAAAAAAAAACUGCAGAACCAAAUUGUUCAAAGCUGUCUAAGAUUCAAUGGAAAACAAGAAAGUGAAAAAGCUUGAAGCAAAUUAUUGAAACAAA